CUCCCUCCCCGGCUCCCACACGGCGGAGCUGUCGUUCCAGAUCCGCGGGCGACAGCAAUGAAUGGAGGCCUCACGGCAGCGCCGCCCCUCACCUCGGAGCGCCGUUCGCUUGGCGACACGCUCGGCCUUGCCUCGGGCGGCUCUCGCCCAGCCCCGCCAGCUCCAGUCAGCAGGAACCCGGAAGCAGGCGGUGCUGCAACCAAGCCGUUUCCUGCGCCAGACUCGGAGACGGGGCUGAGCUGCGAUCUGGGGAAGCGGAGCAGCUGCGGAGCCAUGACUCACCAGACCGGCAUCCACGCCACUACGGAAUUAAAGGACUUUUUUGCAAAGGCUCGGAAUGGUUCAAUCCGUCUUAUCAAAAUCGUAAUUGAGGAUGAGCAGUUAGUGCUUGGAGCCUCCAAGGAAUUAUCUCGGCGCUGGGAUAAGGACUACGAUUCCUUUGUGCUUCCUCUGCUAGAUGAACUGCAACCAUGCUACAUCCUUUACCGCCUGGAUACCCAAAAUGCACAGGGCUAUGAGUGGCUUUUCAUCUCCUGGUCACCUGACAACUCUCCUGUUAGACUCAAGAUGCUCUACGCAGCAACCCGAGCGACGGUAAAGAAAGAGUUUGGAGGAGGACACAUUAAGGAUGAACUCUUUGGGACAGUAAAGGAAGACAUCUCACUCAGUGGCUACCAGAAGCAUGUGUCUUCUUCCUCUGCUCCAGCUCCUCUGACCGCAGCCGAACAAGAGCUUCAGCAGAUCCGCAUCAAUGAGGUCAAAACUGAAAUCAGUGUAGAAAGCAAACAUCAGACUCUCCAAGGCCUGGCCUUCCCUUUGCAGCCAGAUGCACAACAAGCCAUUCAGCUACUAAAGCAGAAGAAAAUCAAUUACAUCCAGCUGAAGCUGAACCUGGAGCAGGAGACCAUAGAGCUGGUCCACACAAAGGCCACAGAAAUUGCUGACCUGCCUAGAAGAAUUCCUCAGGAUUCUGCUCGCUACCACUUCUUUCUGUAUAAACACUCUCAUGAGGGAGAUUAUCUGGAGUCAGUAGUGUUUAUCUACUCCAUGCCUGGUUACAAAUGUAGCAUCAAAGAGCGCAUGCUGUAUUCCAGCUGCAAGAGCCGAUUGCUUGACUCCAUAGAGCAAGAUUUCUGCCUAGAAAUUGCAAAGAAGAUUGAAAUUGAUGAUGGAGCUGAGCUGACCGCUGAGUUCCUGUAUGAUGAGGUCCACCCCAAGCAGCAUGCCUUCAAGCAGGCUUUUGCCAAGCCAAAGGGUCCUGUGGGCAAAAGGGGACAGAAGCGACUUAUCAAAGGACCAGGCGAGAACGGAGAAGACAGUUAAACCCAGAGGAUGGGUCAGCAAAGAGCUGUGAAUGUCUCCCAGCCUCCAGCGUUGCAGCUCCAAUCCACUUCUCUGCAUUUGAGCCUGUCCACUGAACUCCAGAGCCUUUUCCCUACUUCUUUUCUCAAAGUCAUGUCCAUCGGUUUCAUUAACAGGGUGGGAGGGUUGGAAUCGGGGGACAGAGAGGAAGAGGAAGAAGACGGCAUGCUCUUUUUUCUUUCCUUUUGCUCUAUGGUGAUAUAAAUCUAGGGGGAAAGGGGUACCGUAGAGCUUUUUGUUCUUUUUUUUUAUAUAUAUAUUUCUUACAACAGAUGCUCCUGUUAUUGCUUCAUCUUGUGGCCUGUUUUGCCUGGAAUCUGCACCACUCAAUGAGUUUUGUAUGCCUCUCAUCUGAAAGAGUUAUGAACUUCUAUCUUGGGUGCUGUGUGAACCCAUCAAAGAGAGGCACUGUGUGUAUGGUAACAGUAACUUAACGGCACUCCCAUCCUGUCAAUGUCAUUCCCUUACCAAGGGAGUCUGUUUCCCUAGUAUCUGAUACAGUGAUCAGUUGCUUACUUGGUUGAGGCAAAGAGCAGUAUGUUCCACAGAUUGUUUUUGAAGUAGGGUGGAAUGGAGGGGAUGGGGAUAGUGCUAAAAAAAAUAGUCAGAUUUCCUCCAAAAAUAGAAGUGUGUUGUUUGGAUUUUAAGAAACUGUUUCCCAAGCUACCGAAGAAGUAAAACUCUCAUUUCGCUCAAGAGUCCUGAUAAUCUCAUUCUAGGCCUCAUGUUUGUGGGGAAAAAAAUACCCAUCGCAAGUCUAGUGAUGGGUUGGAUUUCUCUUAAAAAGAUGUUCUGCUUCCUUUCUGAUUUGCAGAAAGCCAAUAGCCUCUCUUUCUUCCCUGCCUUAUGUCUUGAUGGCUCAUUGUGUGAUGUUGCAGCCUAGGAUAGACAUAUGGGCGAUUAGGAACUGGGAGCAUAAUUGUCAUACUGCCCUUAUUGGCAUCAUUUCCACUGAACUACAUCAAGAUGGCCAGAAUGGCUUCAUGGGUAGCUCUCAUAUGCUUUCCCAAGUCGGGCUUUCCUCAUGUGCUAGCUUGCAGCCCAACACAGCAUUGAUUUAACUGAGAUCAUCUUCUGACUUAACUGAGAAAGUAGAGUCCUUCCUGAUCUGUUUUUUGCUUGUUUUUUGCCCAUCCACGCUGAGCAUCUAAAAUAAAGUCGCUUGGUCUUUGGUCAUCUCAUAUAUACUCAAUUUUUUGUCCUCAUCCUAGAUCAGAGGCCUCUGAGAGUUGAAGUCCACAAGUCUUAAAGGUGCCAAGUUUGGGGACCUCUGUCCUAGAUCAUGAUCCCCAAACCAUUGCAUCCCCUUGUCAUAGAUCUUUAGUUAUGUUAUAGAGCUUUGCAAGGCCAGAGGAACAUUAGCACAUUCAUUGAUCGCUGAAUGCUGAUGGGCUCUAUUUUUCACAGAAUGUACUUUGCCCAGAGAACUGUUCAUUCCAUGUGUUAGAUACAGUCUGCCAAGGCUAAUAGUUUUAGAUCCAUGAAAACCAGGUGGAAAGAAAGGGAUAGCCCAUGGCAUGAAAUUGUUACCCAUGUACGUGAUGGAUGGGCAUUUGAACUGCCAAGGACUCUGGGAAGAGUCUUGAUGAUCAGCUUA